AUGGCUGCGCUGGUGUUCGCAGCAGCGCCUUCAGCAGCAGCAGCCGCUGCAGCAGAUGUCGCAGCAGCAGCAGCAGGCGGAGGCUCUGCAGCAGCAGCAGCAGCAGCAGCAGCAGCAGCAGCAGCAGAUUCGAGCCCCGAGGGUUUACGAAUCUGCAGCCUUUAUGCCUGGCUGGACACUUUGCCUCUCUCCCGGCCCAAGCGGAACUUACCCAGGGAUUUCGCCGACGGCGUGUUGAUGGCUGAAGUUGCAAACCACUGCAUUCCCCGCAUUGCGGACCUCCACAACUACAGCACAGCGAACUCCUUCCAGCAGAAGCGCUACAACUGGGAAACCCUCGCAGAAAGGGUGUUUAAGAGAGUGGGACUCAGACUCAGCGCAAAAGAAAUAGACCAAGUUGUGGCAGCAAAGCCGGGGGCUGCAGAAAGCAUUAUUCUGAAGUUCAAACACCGGGCAGAAGCACUGAAGCAGCAGGCAGCGAAAGAGGCGGACUCCAACCCUAAGCAAACUCGCUUGACUCGGUGCCCACCGCAGGGGUCCCCGAGACCCGUUAGUGAGCAGGAAUGGGUGGCUAUACUGGAACAGAAAGAUGCAACUAUUCAAGAGCUCGAGGAAACGAACUCAAUUUUGGCUGCGAAGGCAGAGAGCUUGCAGAAGCUGCUGCAGCUGCGGGAUGCGAAGAUAGAGCUGCUUACGAAGGCGCUGCAGGCGGCCGCUGCUCCUCCUCCCCAAUAA